AUGCAAUUCACCACCCAUAACGAUCCGGCUACGAUUCGUCGAGGCACCCUGCAUUUCUCGACAAAGGACAAGUCAAUACAAACACCUGCAUUGAUCGCUUACAGCAUUCGUGGAUCAGUUCCUCAUUUGGUGCCGGACAAUCUCAACCUUUUGCCAGUGGAUAUGGUGCACGUUGCUCUAGAACACUUUGUUGAACAAAGCCAACCACCUUCGUUCAAGUAUACAAAGGGUCUUCACAGCUAUAUCAAUUUGCCGAAUCAUUUGCUCUUUUGCGAUGUGCGUGAUGCAUCCAAAUUGGAUCCUGCUGCAGCCAAUACGGAGAGCUAUGUGGCGGUGGAUACACAUGGAGGCGUACGCAAGGUAACCACGGAUGUUUGGAUCAAGGCCAUCGAAGCGUAUCGUCCCGAUUGGGCUGCAACACCAGCGGAUGUAAUCAAAGCAGGCGAGGAUGUCAAGAACAAACGAAUCCGGAAAGCUUCUGAUCGCACCUUGCGAUGGCUCGAGACAUGUCAGCACAAAGCAAAGGAAUUGAACAUCCCUUUAUUUGCACCUGUGGUCGGAUAUAACAACGACAUGGAACGAAUUCGAUCUGCUAAAGCAACAGCAGAAAAGGAUGUGGAUGGCUUUGUUUUGAACGCAUUCGAAUUGGAAGGCGAAGGCUGGAUUGACGCUUUCGAGACAUCAUUGAAGGAGCUUCCUACCAACAAACCAAAGCUUGCAUAUGGAUUAUCUACACCAGAGAGAAUAUUGAAGGGUGUUUCGAUCGGCAUUGAUAUGUUUGACAACAGCUAUGCGUACGAAAUGACUGAGAAAGGCCGUGCAAUCACAUUCAGAUUUGGACAGCCCUCCUUGCCAACCACGAAGACAAUCGAUUUAUGGGAAGAAUCCAUGUCACAGUCGUUUAUUCCACUUGAUCCAUCAUGCACAUGUUACAGCUGUUCUACGCCACAUUCACGUGCUUACAUACACCAUCUCUUGGAUGCACACGAAAUGUUGGGACCUUUAUUGCUUAUGAUACACAACGUCUUUCAACUUGAGCAAUUCAUGAUAUCAGUCCGCAAGAGCAUUGAUGAAGGUCGAUUCGAGCAAGACAUGCAAUCGUUUUUAAACACAUACAGCUCAAUGGAUGACGAAGGAGUAGCAUUAGAAGACAACCCCAUGAAAAAGAAGCAGGCACAUGUAUUAUGA